AUGGAAUGGCUUGGGCAUGCAACGACAACCUUCACUCACUCCAAAAACCCUCUUACUCUCACCAGGAAACAUGACGGAUCAUCAACAGACUUACUAUCGGUUUGUGAGGAAUCAACUCCGCCAUGUCGACUCAACCCGAUUCUUUUCAAUGGGCACUUGCAAACCAUGUGGACCAGCGUAAAGAACGAUGGUCCUCCGAUUUGCUACAAACGCAAGAUCUUCGAGGCUGAAGAUCCAGCUUAUGCAGGAACUUACGCGGUAGAUUUCGUUGUCCCGACUCUCUCAGAAAAGGAUGAGACUCUUCCCAUCCGGACAACCUACUUCAGUGAUGAGGCUUUUCAAGAAAUUGGGUCGUUGGACAGCAAGCCCAUGCUGGUUGUGUUGCAUGGGCUGUCAGGAGGCUCCUACGAGAUCUAUUUGAAGCACGUUUUGGCUCCGCUAGUGGCAGCUGAAGGGGACAGGCAAUGGGAAGCGUGUGUAAUCAAUUCUCGAGGUUGUGCAAUGCACAAAAUCACAAGCAGUAUUCUUUACAAUGCUCGAGCAACUUGGGACUGCAGGCAAACUGUGAAGUGGCUGAGAAAGACUUUCCCAAACCGGCCUCUAUUCGGAGCAGGUUUUUCCUUGGGAGCUAAUAUCAUCACGAAUUACAUUGGCGAAGAAGGUGCCAACUGCCAAUUGAAGAGCGCGGUCAUUUGCUCAAAUCCCUGGAAUCUCGACGCUGGAUCAUUGGCCCUCCAGAGAACAUGGCUUGGAAGAGAAAUCUAUUCAAAGACGAUGGGUAGCAACAUGAAGAAGUUGAUCGAGCGCCAUCACGACGAAGUCAUAAAGAACCCAGCUCUGGACUUCGAGAAAAUACGCAAGGUUACCUAUCUCCAUGAGUUCGACAGGGAAGUGCAGGGACCUUCUUGGGGAUAUCCAACCGAAGGAGCCUACUAUCGGGAUGCUUCUUCUACCGAUGCCCUGUUCGCCAUCAAGAUUCCCCUUUUCGCUAUAAAUGCAAAAGAUGAUCCGAUUGCCAUCGACGAAGCACUGCCUUACGAAGAAGUGAAGCAAACACCCUAUGCUGUUCUGUGCACUACGUCCCUAGGAGGUCAUCUAUCCUGGUUUGAGAUUGACGGACACCGAUGGCAUGCUCGACCGGCUGUCAACUUCUUGAACAAGAUGGCCUUCGAAAUCGACAUCGAGAAUAUCGCCGAUUCCGCUAAUAAUCUGGUGAACAAGGACCACUUGAGCCACGCGAGGUUUCACGCCAUGGAACGGAAAUGGAGGAAUGACUAG